AUGCCGCGCGAUCAAACAGACGCCGGCGUCGGCGCCGCCGGCCGCCACGUUGUGAAGCUCUCGCCGGACAUGCUGGCGAACAUCCACGGCCGCCUGAGCUUCGUCGACCGCCUCGCCUUCGCGUCGGUCUUCCGCGAGUCCCGCGACGCGUUCAAGCCCGAGGCGCCAUGGCUCGUCCUGCCCGGCGGGACCCCGGAGACCGCCACGCUCUUCUCCCUCGCUGACCGCCGCGCCGCCGCCGCGCGCGUCACGAGCCCCGGGAUUCGUGGCCAUGCCUUCCUCGGCUCCUCCCGUGGGUGGCUCGCCACCGCCGACGAGAGCGGCCGGAUGAGCCUUGUCAACCCGGUCAGCGGCGAGCAGCGUGCUCUCCCGGCCAUCACCACCAUCCCAGGCCUCGAGGAGUACGACGGGGUCUUCGCCUUCCCGCUAAAACCCUUCGUCAGGGGCCCCCCGUACGCCGGCGGCCGCGAGCCGCGCGGGACGUUCACGCUGAAGGCCGAGCAGAUGGGCAGCUACCUCUACCGCAAGGUCGUCCUCUCGGACGGUUGCCAUGGCGCCGCCAUGCUGAUCACGGGAGCUAUGUUCGGCGUGGCGGCCUUCGCUACUGCCAAAGACGCCGCGUGGAGGCUGGCGCCCUCACGCGACGGCGUCGAGGACGCCAUACACUACGACGGCAGGUUCUAUUCCGUCACGUACACCGGCGCCGUGGAAGUGUGGGAACAUGACCCCUACGCCGGCGUGUUCACGAGCGCCGUGGUCACGCCGAGGCUGGACGACGUGGCCGGCGAUCCGCACUACCGCCGCAAGUACCUCGUUGCGGCACUAGGCGGGCGGCUGAUGGUCGUGCUCAAGGACUGGAAGGAGACCAAGGACAAGCUUAACAAGAUCCGGUGGGCCUGCUCAUUCAAGGUGCAGGUCCUCGACGGAGGGCAGUGGAAGAAGACGGACGACAUCGGCGACGCCGCACUGUUCAUCGGGGCCAACGAGUCUUUGUGCUUGUCGACGAGGGUGCACCCGAAGCUCAAGGCCGGCCACGUCUACUACAUCGAGGACGAUCUGAGUCACAAGGGUCGCAGCCGCUACGACCACGACUGGUGUGUCGUCCGGGUGUUCUGCCUCAAGGACGGCACGGAGGAGAAUGUCGAGGGGCUAGGGAUGCACUGGAGCUGGCCACCGCCGGCGUGGUUCACACCAUCCAUCCCAUGA